AUGAAACAACAAUUUAGUGAAUACGAAAGCCCACUCCUUUUCCCUUCUCUAUCAAAACUAGAAUCUCUUCCUAUCAAAAAGCUCACGUUCAAUUUCUCCUCGCGUGUAUUGGAGAAUAGAAAAAUAUUAGAGAACUGUACUGUUGCCCUGCAGAGAAUAGAUGACCAAUUAAGGGAACUUAACUCAUCUAAAAUUCUUCACAACAUAAGAAAAGCCACCAAACUAACUUACAAGAACUGUGAAAUUCCCUCCCCAUGGAAGAAAAAUGUAGAAGAGUCUUUUCACUCACACAUACUUAAGAACGGCUCUUGCCCUAGAGAUCUCUACGCAGAUUGCAUAGAUAUUAUUGAAAAAUGGCUACUAAACCUCGCAGAAAUUUUGGAGACUGGGCAGAAAGGACCACGAAUAAUCAAAACAUCACUACUCCUCAAAGAAAUCGAAAUUAAAGGAAAUUGA